GCUCUCCCGGGAGAGACCACUGUGGGUGUGGGGGAAGCGGGGGGCAGCCCCCGAGGCGGUUUCCGGGGCCGGGCCCGGCGCGGGGCAGCGGGAAUGUUCCGGGAAUACCGGAAAAAUCACCCCCGCCCGCUAUCCCGCAGGUGGUGACGGCCGGGCCGCGGUGCCUGAGGUGAGCGGCCGGGCCCGGCGGUGGCGGCGGGGGCCGAUGCCCCGGUGGAGCUGAAGGGAAGCGGCGGAGAUGGACGUUCGGUCGGGAGUGGCGGUGUGGGUUCUGUGCGGCUUCCUCCUGCAGCAGGGCCGGGGCGAGCGGCCCCCGGGCUCCCACCUGGACGAGACCGCCAUCGCAGAGUUCUGCCGCAUUGACAAGCCCCUGUGCCACGAUGAGGACGAGCAGCUCAGCUUCGAAGCCGUCCGCAAUAUCCACAAGCAGAUGGACGACGAUGCCAACGGCAACGUGGACGUGGAGGAGAGCGACGAGUUCUUGAGGGAGGACUUGAAUUAUCAUGACCCAACAGUCAAGCACAGCACCUUCCACGGAGAAGACAAGCUCAUUAGCGUGGAAGAUCUCUGGAAGGCCUGGAAGACAUCUGAAGUGUAUAACUGGACGGUUGACGAGGUGGUUCAGUGGCUCAUUACCUACGUGGAGCUGCCGCAGUACGAGGAGACCUUCAGAAAGCUGCAGCUGAGUGGACACGCCAUGCCCAGGCUAGCGGUGAACAACGCCACCAUGAUGGGAAGCGUUCUGAAAAUGACGGAUCGGAGCCACCGGCAGAAGCUGCAGCUGAAGGCUCUGGACACGGUGCUGUUCGGGCCCCCGCUCUUAACUCGUCACAACCACCUGAAGGACUUCAUGCUGGUGGUGUCCAUCGUCAUCGGCGUGGGUGGCUGCUGGUUUGCCUACAUCCAGAAUCGCUACUCAAAGGAGCACAUGAAGAAGAUGAUGAAAGACCUGGAGGGGCUCCACAGAGCGGAACAGUCUCUCCAUGACCUUCAAGAACGGCUGCAGAAGGCGCAGGAGGAGCAUCGCUCCGUGGAGGUGGAAAAGGUGCACCUGGAGAAGAAACUGCAAGACGAGAUCAGCAUCGCCAAGCAGGAGGCACACCGGCUGCGGGAGCUGCGGGAGGGCACGGAGAAUGAGCUGAGCAGGCAGAAAUACGCUGAGCAAGAGCUGGAGCAGGUGCGGAUGGCGCUGAAGAACGCGGAGAAGGAGCUGGAGUCCCACUGCAGCUGGGCUGCGCCCGAGGCCCUGCAGAAGUGGCUCCAGCUGACCCAUGAGGUGGAGGUCCAGUACUACAACAUCAAGAAACAGAAUGCGGAGAAGCAGCUGCUGGUGGCCAAGGAAGGGGCUGAAAAAAUUAAAAAGAAGCGAAACACCCUGUUUGGAACAUUUCACGUGGCUCACAGCUCAUCUCUAGAUGAUGUUGAUCAUAAAAUCUUAACUGCAAAGCAAGCGCUGAGCGAAGUGACGGCCGCGCUGCGGGAGCGCCUGCAUCGCUGGCAGCAGAUCGAGCUGCUCUGCGGCUUCCAGAUCGUCAACAACCCGGGCAUCCACAGCCUGGCAUCCGCCCUCAACAUCGACCCCAGCUGGAUGGGCACCCCGCGGCCCAACCCCUCCCACUUCAUCAUGACCGAUGACGUGGACGAUUUGGACGAAGAGCUGGUGUCUCCCAUGUCCAUACAAUACGCAGCCUGGCUUUUCGGGCGCAGGUUCAGUGACCGUUCGUCUCUGUCCUUGGAGGAUCAGUCCCUCUGGAAAUACCCUGCUCCGGCGUUGCCCAGCACAGUUCGCCAGCGCCUGGUGGACCCACAGCACGCCCACGGAUCUCAGAGGUUGGUAGAGAGUUACGUGCAAGGCCAGAAUGAGUCGGGCCAAGCUGCCCAUUACCGGGCGGGCAGAGUCUCUCUCCGUCGAAUGCACAGCCUCUCCUCCGGACAGUCUUUCAGUUCUGACCUUCCCGGCACCAGCCCAUCGUCUGCUGCCGCCACCACCUCUUCCACCUCUUGCUCCUCAUCCACCACCACUGCAUCUGCUCCUGCUUGCCAUGUCCACCCUGCCUAUUACCAUCACACCACCUCCUCUUAUUUCCUUCAGAUGGACUCCAUCCCCGAUCUACCCCCUCCUGAUGUCACCUCUGGAGUUCGCUGUCGCACUGAGAGCUCUGGAGACUUGACUCGCUGCGACUCCGAGUCCUCCAUCCCGCACCUGAGCGACCACCAGCGUAUCCCCAGCUCGGCGCCCAAGCUGCUGGCUGCCCGCCCCAACCUGCUGACCAGGUCCAUCGAGGAGGCUGCCCCCGGCCACCCUGCCAUCGGCGCGCCCACCCCCAACGGCGGCAGCCGGCACGCGGAAGCCUCCGGCCUGGGGGCUUUGCCAGAGCGGCUGCCCGAGAGCCCCAUGGUGAUGAAGAAGAUGAUGAUGGUGAAUCACGGCAUGGAGAAGUCCUCCAGCCUGGGGGAGAUCAGCCACCCGACAGCCGGCAAGCACAGCCACUCGGAUUCCUCCCGGUCCCACAGCCCCAGCUCCACCGACCCCGACACCCCCUCCCCCAUCUCUGACUGCCGGCCCAGCGGCGCCAAGAGCACCCGCAUCCCGCAGCUGGCUGCCAAGAAGAGCCCGGGGGACGAGGACAGCAGCUUGACAGGCGACGAGGUUGACCUCGGCCAGAGCAAGAAAAAGUUCCCCCUAAAGAUCUUCAAGAAGCCCAAGAAGUAGAGAUGGAGGGGGGGGAAGAGGACACCCACCCAGAGCGCGACCUGCUGGGAGCCGGGGGGCGGCCGUGCCCCGGGAACGCAGCGCAGCCGCCCGUCCCGCACCCCGCGGGCUCGGCGCCGGCCUCCCCUCCGCACCCUCCGUCUCCCAGUCACCUCACCCAACACUGGCAGCGGGAGGAGCUAUUUAAACUUAUUUAUUUCCUGAUCUCUCAGAAAAAAAAAAAAGAUUAAAAAAAAACAGAAAAAGAAAAAAAAAAAGGCGACGACAACCGCUCCCCCAAGAGAAGAGCCGCCCUUUCUCCCUUCCGACUGCUGCAGUCCCUGGCUUUGCUGUGCAUGGCUUCCAGUUACUCCUGCCUCUGCUCAGCCACACGGCAUUUGGGUUUGGUUUCAAUGUGGUUUUAUUUUUUUAUUUUAUUUUUUUUUAUUAUUAUUAUUUUUAAUUUUUUGUUUUGUUUGUUUGUUUCCGGUUCUUCUGCCUCUUCCAACUUUUGCACAGGCUGUCCGGGGAGGUCGGGGUGGUGCGAGCGCGCGGAGCGGGGCCAGCGGCUCCCCCGAGCGGGCAGCGCGCUCCCCGCUCGCCCCUCGGGGUGACUCAGGUGCGAGCCUCCACGGCAGCCGUUCUCUCCUCACUCCCAUGAAUCACGUUCCUCCACCCUGGCCCCCAUGGCUGUGACGGUUGGGAGGGGGAAGAUCCCUCUCUGUGCGCUCUUGGUGAGCAAGAGCGAGCGACGACGUGCCCUCGGAGGGAGGGCUCAGCCCUUGCCGGUACUUGUGCAUCCGCAGUUCUGCCCUUGACCCGCUUCCCGCUUGCGCCGGGGGCGGCUGCGUCCCGCUGGGAUCCCACGGUGGGACGGGGCUGCUCUGACCGGUCGGCCGUGGUGCUGCCGGAGCAGCUCCGGCGUCUGCCUGCGGUGGGAUGCUGGGGCAGAGGAGCCCAUGGCUGCCCCCAUCCUUACUCCCCAGGCCCCUGGAGCUGCCCGGGGCGGGGAGCAGCGAUGGGCUCCUCCGAACCCAGACCUGCCCCAGGGGCCUGUCUCUGCAAGGAGCGGGGUGAUGGAGGAGCACCAAGAGAAGGGCCGUCUCCGUGGGGUGUUGGUGCAGAGCCGGGUCCAGCCGCCACAACCACACAAAGAGGAAGGGGCUCCCGGUGCAGGGCCCGUCCCCUGUCCCGCUGUCACAGUUUGCCAGUCCCGGAGGGAGCGGGGGGCAGCGGGGGUCUACUUGGCUGGGGACCCGCAGGCUGUGUGUGGGUGGUAGGAGCCUGAAAACGUCCUCCCCCUUCUCCUGGCUCCAUCCCUCUGCGGCAGGCCUGCCCUCCGGCCGGGUGCUGGGGGCUCUGCGCCCUCCCCGGGCACCGAGGGGAUGCAGGCAGGGACGGAGGCUGCACCCGGGCGUCCUCCCUGCCCCGAGGCCACGCUCGCUCCAGCCGGCGGCCGGGCUCUGCCUGGCUGUGCCAGCCUGUGGCCCGGGCCCUGCUGCCAUUCGGUGCCGGCAGAGCCUGCGGCAGGUCUGGGGCUGCCCCCAGCCGCCCUCCCGCAUCCCCGGCACCAAACCACCCCCCAGGGCUCUCCUCGGGGUCCCUGCCCUGCCACCCGCUCUGUCCCAAGCCCCCCCCCCAACCCCGUGCCGUCAUCCGGCACGUUCCGGCACGUCCCCAGCGGUGGCUGCUGCCCGAGGCCGCCCGGCUGUUGAAGCGGCUGAGGGCAGAGGAGGAUGCACGGCUGGCAGGGAGGAAGAGGAGGCAGGGCGGGAUGCUGAAAGCCCCCCCCCCCCGGGCCUUGCUUUAUGCCAGAGUAAUAUAUAUGUGUAUGUUGACAAUACAGGAAGGGCUAUAAAGGUGUUUUUUUGUUUCAUAGGUGGUAGUUAGACAAUUACACUGUUGCUUUGAGAUAAGUGAAAAAUUCCUCUAAAUGACUAAGUGCCUGCAUUUCCCCGCGGCUGCUCCGAGGUGCGGGGAGGGGGGACGCCGCGCUCAGCCCCCACGGUCGGGGCGGCCGCCACGGGCAGCUCGGGGCGGCUCGGCCACCCCCAGGAGCGGGGCUGGCGGCGGCUGUGGGGGCUGCCCGGGCAGGAGCCGGGAGCCCCGGCGGCGCUGCUUGUGGUGGCGGAGACCUGUCGAUGCUUCUGGAGAAGGGGUUGGGGAUCCACCAAACGGCAACUGUUGACGCAUCUGCCAAAUCUUGAUUUUAUUUUUUUUUUUUCGGUCAUUUCAUAAAACUUUUAAAUCCAAUAAAGCAUGUAGUCUAUUUUA